AAGGACACAUCAGCCAAUCGAAUAUCGAAUUCUGAAGGAUGUCUUUCUCUCUGCUAGAGGAUGUUCGGGGUACUCAUCAGGACUUGGACCGACUUAUGAGUCACCUCACCUCACUUCUCCUUCCUGGCACACCAAAGGUGCAUCGCGACCAACUUGUUCAAGCCCAUCGAGCUUCUUACCUCUCUGAACUUAUCACCGAACGCGCGAAUUCGUUGGUUGAAGUUUAUGCCGAUCCUGAUGGUGAACAUUCAACAGAGAUCGAACGACUCUCGACGGCUGGAGGCGAGUUGACCGAAUUCUAUGCUAGACUUGGCCGACUGAACGAAUAUCAUAACAAAUACCCAAAUAGAAUGGUGGAAGAGCCGGAGAUCGAUUGGGGUGCAUUGGGAGGGGUGGAUAUAGAGGGUCGUGAUUUCGUUGACCGGAUGUUCACUGGCGAAGAAAUGCUUGGGAGGUACCUCGAUCUACAUAUACACCAUGACGCGUACAACAACCUCACCCCCUCUGCCAACAAGCGACUCGCUUACAUCGCAUACAUUGACUCAUUUGACAAAUUCGACAUCCUACCUCGCUCCACAAAGUCUAAAAACGAAUAUGAUAUAUACCUGCGGGAGCUGAGAGAAUAUUUAGUCUCAUUCCAUAAACGAAUUCGACCUAUGCAAGAUCUAGAUGCCGAUUUAGUGGCUGUUAGUACAGAGUUCGAGACCAAGUGGGCUGCUGGGGAAAUUCAAGGUUGGGAGGAUCCUACUACAACCACAGCCGGAACUUCUGCAGAAGCUUCCGCAAUUUGGUGUGCUGCCUGUAGUAAACACUACUCCAAAGAGACUGUCUAUAAUGCCCAUCUUCAGUCCAAGAAACACAUCCGCGCAGCCGAGCGUCUUACCAGCUCGACUUCUUUCACGAACAUUACCGCAACUACUUCCAGCACAAACGGGAACAUCAAUGAGAUCCGACGGGCCAAAGAUCAUGCACUGGCUUUACUAGAGCAAGAAAUCGCCAUGUUAGGAACCAAACUGACUAGCAUUCGUGUGGAUACAAAGGCUAAUGUUGAGCGACGGGCUGCGCUUACGGACAAAGAACGACAACAAGAGAUUGAGGAACAAGCUGCGCGUGAAGCUGCAGAGCGUGGAGAGGCAGAGAGGGCGGCUAGAGAGGGUGAACAGGGCGCACAAGGUCUGGAAGAGGACGACGAUGAGGCACGUAUCUACAACCCUUUGAAGCUUCCGUUAGGCUGGGAUGGAAAACCGAUCCCAUAUUGGCUGUAUAAGCUGCAUGGGUUGGGGGUUGAAUACAAGUGCGAAAUUUGUAGUGACUUUAUCUACAUGGGCAGGAAAAACUUUGAGCGACACUUUCAAGAGUCGAGGCACGCGUUCGGAAUGCGUGCGCUCGGUUUACCGAAUACUAAACAUUUCCACGAGAUCACUCGGAUUGAGGAUGCAUUUGCAUUGGCUGAGAAGCUCAAGUCGGAGGGGCGGGCUGAAAUCUUUAGAGAUGAGACAAUGGAAGAGCUAGAGGAUGACGACGGAAAUGUGUACAAUCGCAAGACAUAUGAGGAUUUGAAGCGACAAGGAUUGCUUUAA